AUGGCUCGUUCACUAGAAGCCCAGCUUUAUUUCCAUUCCAUUAAUUGGUCAACUAUUGCAGUGGUGCAGGAUACAGAGGAUGAAGUUUAUCAGUUCCUUAACGAAGAUCCUUACUCGCCGACGGCAUUGGAAUGGGAUGAAGAUUUUCCUACGGGGGUUUUUCCCAUCUCAGCAAGAUGUUACAGUCCCCGUUGUGAUGGUAAAGGUUGCUAUUCUCGAACGUGUGUUAACUACGUUCGAAGUGCGGAAGAACCACUACCACCAUUAUCUGAUCUCGAUUCUAAGGAAGGUAGUAUUCCCGGAGCUGAUUCUGCCGACGUCGUUGCACCAACAUUACCACAAGAUCGUACAUGGGCUGGUUCCGUUCCAAAAGAAAUUUUGGAAUCUGUUGGAAAGGAGGAGAAGAAACGCCAAGAAAUCAUUUUCGAAACGAUCUACACCGAAGAGGAUUACAUCAAAGACUUGGACCUUCUAGAAAAC